AUGGAGGCCACCCCCGUCCCCCUGCAAGUCAAGAAGCUCUCGCCGCAGGCCAGACUUCCCACGCGCGGCAGCGCCUUUUCCGCUGGGUACGACUUGUACGCUGCGAGGGACACUGUCUUGCCGGCGAGAGGAAAGGGUCUUGUUGAUACGGAUAUUAGCAUUGCCACGCCUGCGGGGACAUACGGCCGUAUUGCUCCCCGCUCUGGCCUUGCGUCCAAGCACUUCAUCGACACUGGUGCCGGCGUCAUCGACGCAGACUACCGCGGACCCGUCAAGGUUCUUCUGUUCAACCAUGCGGAAACCGACUACGAGAUCAAGGAGGGCGAUCGAAUUGCCCAGCUUGUGCUGGAGAGAAUCGUGACGCCCGACGUCGUCGAGGUGGAGGAGCUGGAGGAGAGCGUCAGGGGAGCUGGUGGUUUUGGAAGCACUGGCAAGAACUAA